UCCCAUGUGCUGCAGUGACUUGUUUCUUAAAUGUAAAUAUUAGUUUUUUAUUUCUGGUAAAUGAUAUUUUGUGACAAAAAAUGUCAGUACUAUAUGUGUAAACAAAUUGUGUUUGACUCAUAAAUGGCGCUGCGUCGAAGUGUUCGUCUGCUGUUUGGUGUAAUUCCGCGAUGUAGCGUGUCCACUAAACUACCAGCUCGGUGUGUGACACAGUCGUCCUCCCAGCCGGAACCAGACUUGCGAGAAAAUGAGGCCGUGAACCCCAAAUUUGUCAACCGCAACCCGCGGAACUUGGAGCUCUUGGGCUUGGCGGUGAAGGACCGAGGAUGGAAGACGACGUGGCCUCACCGGGAGUUCCACCACAGGUUGGUGUUUUCUCGCAGUAUACGAUACGUGACAGCAGAGGUCUUCUCCUGCUCCUCGCCCGUCCCCGUGCUCUCCUGCUCCACCAAAGAGUGGGCGCUGAAGGAGCACCUGCCCUCCACCAACUGCGUGGCAGCAUGUCAGGCCGUGGGCGAGGUGCUGGCGCAUCGGUGCAAGCAGGCGGGCAUCACCAGGAUGGUGUACCACGCCAUCCCCUGGACGUACCGCUCUGAUGCUGUUCAGUCAUUCCGAGCUGCCAUGAAAGAAGGAGGAAUCGUCUUCAGUGAACCCAGAAGGAAAUACAUCGGGACCUAAUUGAGGGUCAUUAACAGCCACUGUGUUGUUUUGUCAAUAAAACCUUACCUGAAUGAAAAGAAA